GUCGUUUUAAAGAGCCGGUCUGUCUUCACUCAGUUUGAUUCAUAAAGAGAGGGUUUAAGGAAGAGAGGACAUGCUGGUGGUGAUGGUGAGGAUGAUGAUGGGCUUCCCUCUGCCUCCACAGGCUCAGGUGAGCCUGGGGCUCCAGUCUGAGUGCUAAUCAUGCUGCGGCAGUCCGACCCCAACUCCAGCACCCUGCAGCUGGUAGCUAAUGAUAUGACAGGUAUUAUGGAGAAACUGGACACUCGAGAGCUUGACCUGGGAGACGGAGAGUACGACACGACCGACAUCAGCGCUCCAGCAGCGGAUCAUUUACCCUUCACAGCGAUCUACAACACGGUGGGUUUUAAGGAGUCUGAGGCCAGAGUGUUUCUGUCCUCGCCAAUCACGGCGAAGAUCCUGGAGGUGGAACGCCACACCUCAGCUCAGGACCGCUUCUACGUCACCACGCAGAGGAGCAUCAGCAAGUCAAUGCCGGCGGUGUUUAAGAUCGAGUUGAAGCACGGUGAGUUCACGUGGCUGGUGAAGAGGAGGGAGAAACACUUCAUCGAUCUGCACAGAGAGCUGAGGACAUACAAGACAUUCAUGAGGCUGCCGCUGCCCACACGCAGUCACACGAUAAAGAGGGAGGCAGCCGCAGAGGGGGUGAGGCAGAUGCCCAACCUCCCCCGAGGAGGAGGAGAUGAUCUGGGCAGAGAGGAGCAGGUUUCCAGUAGAAGGAAACAACUUGAAGAUUACUUGAAUAAACUCCUGAAUAUGCCGAUGUACAGAAACUACCAUGCAACGACGGAGUUCAUCGAUGUCAGCCAGCUCUCCUUCAUCCAUGAUCUGGGACCCAAAGGCUUAGAAGGGAUGGUGCUGAAGAGAUCCGGGGGCCAUCGUAUUCCCGGGAUGAACUGCUGUGGUCACAGUAAAAUGUGCUACCGCUGGUCCAAACGCUGGCUGGUGGUGAAGGACUCGUUUCUGCUCUACAUGAAGCCAGACUCUGGUGCUAUCUCCUUUGUGAUGCUGGUUGACAAAGAGUUCAGCAUCAAGAUGGACUCCAAGGAAACUGAGACCAAACACGGCGUUCGAAUCGACAGUCUGUCCAGGUCACUGGUGCUAAAGUGCAGCAGCUACAGACACGCCCGCUGGUGGGGUCAGGCAAUCGAAGACUUCGUCCGGAAGCACGGCUCGGCCUUCCUCACCGACCAUCGCUUUGGAUCCUUUGCCAGAGAGGAAGUCAACAUCCCUGCCAAAUGGUAUGUGAACGGGAAGACGUACAUGGAGGAUGUUGCGGAUGCUCUUGAAGAAGCCAAAGAGGAAAUCUUCAUCACAGACUGGUGGUUAAGUCCAGAAAUCUUCCUGAAGCGGCCGGUCGUUGAAGGCAACCGCUGGCGUCUGGACUGCAUCCUGAAACGCAAAGCACAACAAGGAGUCCAUAUCUUCGUGAUGCUGUAUAAGGAGGUGGAGUUAGCUCUGGGCAUCAACUCUGGAUACAGCAAACGAACUCUGCUGCACCUCCACCCCAACAUCAAGGUGAUGCGUCACCCGGACCACGUCUCCUCUGCCGUCUACCUGUGGGCACAUCAUGAGAAGAUCAUUGUUAUCGACCAAUCAGUGGCCUUCGUUGGUGGGAUUGAUCUGGCGUACGGUCGUUGGGAUGACAGAGAACAUCGACUGACAGAUGUUGGGAGCGUCACACGCUCACACUUGGAAAACGCUGAAGCUGCCUCUUCCAACAUGGCCGCUCCCGCCAACGGCAGCAGCAGUGCUCCUCAGACCAACGGGAAGGGCGUAUUCACGGUGACAGACUCAGUGGACCAGCCCAAACUGAAGAGUCAGGGGAGGAUGAAGAGGACUAGGUUCAGCAUCAGGAGACACCUGCAGAAACACGGGUUCGCCAGUGCUGACAGCGACAGUGACCUGGAGGAAGAAGCCAGAAGUGGCUCAGUACGCAGUCUUCAUACAGGGGUGGGAGAGUUGUUUGGAAACACACGCUUCUGGCACGGGAAAGACUACUGCAACUUUGUGCACAAGGACUGGAUCCAACUGGACAAACCGUUCGAUGAUUUCAUUGACAGACACACAACUCCCAGAAUGCCAUGGCACGACAUCGCCUCAGUGGUUCAUGGGAAAGCAGCUCGAGACGUGGCCAGACACUUUAUUCAACGGUGGAACUUUACCAAGCUGGUGAAGCCAAAGUACCGCUCUCUGUCGUACCCAUGUCUGCUGCCCAAGUCUCACACCACGGCCGGAGAGCAGAGAUACCAAGUCCCCAACUGCAUCCCUGCCAAAGUCCAGAUCCUUCGCUCAGCCUCUGAUUGGUCAGCUGGUAUCAAAUACCACGAGGAGUCCAUCCACAACGCCUACGUCCACACCAUCGAGAACAGCCAACACUUCGUCUACAUAGAGAAUCAGUUCUUCAUCAGCUGUGCCGACAACAGACACGUUUUCAACAAGAUAGGAGAUGCCAUCGCAGAGAGAAUCAUUAAAGCAUACAGGGAGGGUAAAAAGUACCGAGUAUACGUGGUGACGCCUCUGCUGCCUGGCUUCGAAGGAGACAUCAACACUGGAGGGGGCAGCGCCAUCCAGGCCGUCAUGCACUUCAACUACAGGACGAUGAACAGAGGAGAUCACUCCAUCAUCUCACAGCUCAAGAGAGAGAUGGGAGACCAGUGGAUGAACUACAUCUCCAUUGCUGGUCUGAGGACUCACGCUGAUCUGGAGGGGAAGCUGGUCACCGAGCUCAUCUACGUCCACAGCAAGAUGCUGAUCGCAGACGAUAACACCGUCAUCAUCGGGUCUGCGAACAUCAACGACAGGAGCAUGCUGGGAAAGAGGGACAGCGAGGUGGCGGUGAUAGUGGAGGACUCAGAGACGGUGCCAUCAGUGAUGGACGGUCAGGUCUACCAGGCAGGGAAAUAUGCCCUGCAGCUCCGCCUCGAGUGCUUCAAGACAAUUCUCGGCGCUCACACUGAUACCUCCAUUGACGUCACUGAUCCAAUCAGCGAUCAUUUCUACAAGGAGGUGUGGAUGGCCACCUGCGCUCGCAACGCCACCAUUUACCAGAAGGUUUUCCGUUGUUUGCCGUCCAGCGAUGUCCGUAACAUCUUCGAGCUGGAGGGAUACCUCACCAAGCCGGGCCUGGACAAGGAGGACCCAAACAAAGCUCAGGAGGAGCUGAAGAAGAUCCGCGGAUUCCUGGUCCAGUUUCCUCUUCAGUUCCUGAGUGAGCAGAAUCUGCUUCCUCCCAUUGGCUCCAAGGAGGCCAUGGUGCCCAUGGAGGUUUGGACCUGAGUGAGACAGACUCACCUGUGCAUUCGUGUGUUCAGGCACAGUAUUCUGAAGGUGACAGAUCCAGUAUGUCCACAAUGGAGCCAUGUUAGAAGUCUUAGUGGUUUAAAACGGCUGCUAAAUGUUUUCAAAAACACAACUUAGAGGGAAAUCUGCUGUAGUUUUACAAAUUAAGGUCUUCUAUUGACCAAAAGUACCAACAACAGGAUCUAGGGAUAUUGUCUUUGACUUGAAGUCACAUGUUUGCAGGUAUAACCAUUGCUUUGAUGUGAAUACAGUCUCUCAAAGUCGUUUUUCUGCAAGGAUUCCCUACCUUUAGUGGAUUUUAUUCUCUUUAAGUCACUGUUAUUUUUCACUAGCUGUAGAUAAAGGGUGUAGGCUGUAGAUAUCACAAAAUUUAUCAGAUUAUACGCACAUUUUCUUUGUUGUAUGACCAGUAAGGGCAAUGCCCAUAGGUUUUUUUUCAGUGGUUAGUCUGUUCAGACACAAUCAAGGAAAAUAGGUGGCACUGUCUUGUUGCUUUCAGAUCAGGAAGGUUGGACUUCAUCAGUAGCAGUAAAAUAAGCAUAUUGACACACAUAGUUUUGGAUGAUUUGGAUGAAUAAUCAGUUGUGAAAAGACUCUAAUCUGCUUAAAACUAAAUCAUCUAGUUUCCAGCCAGUCUUAUGAAUGAAUAUGACAAAAUUUAACUUUUCUGCACAAAGGGCUCAAUACUCAAAUGUUUAAAGAGGAUGUGUCCUCUUUCUACAAAAAUAGAAAUACAUUUUUGCAAGAUUCAAAGAAAAAAUUGCAGCACUAAGACAGUAUUUAGGAUCUGAGAGGACUAUGCCUGUAAGACUAAACCCAGGGAGUAAAAACUUGGAUGUAUUAGACAAGAGACCAUUCACUUUGGGGUUUUCUACCUCAAUUUGCACCUUUAGCAGCCGGACUGACUUCUAUAAUGGCUCCAUGUGUGUUCAUGAAGGAGCAUCUGUACCAGCAGUGCCACUGAAUGCACCUGAAUGAACCAAUACAUGCUUUAAAACAACACAAAGAAUCCUGCUUCAGACAUGACGAGGGGCCGGACUGAUACAUAUUUACAUGUUAGUGUGUUAGUAGUCAAAAAUGCUACAAAAACGCAGAAGUGGACCAGCAGACGAGUGUUGAACUCUACCAUGCCUGAACAACCCAGGCCUCAUGUUUACAAGAAAACUGCUCACUCCUUCAUUCUCUUCAUAACACUAUGCAACGUCUGAGGCUGGUGAACGCAGCUCUGACUCUUCUGACGGGAGUUUGAAAGACACUUAAAGAUGCUUUAAUGAAGACUACGGUGAUGCAGGGAAGAGGGUGAAGAGCUGGAUGGAGCUGUCGGCCAUUUUUUAAGAUAAAUGUCUCUGAACUCUUCAUUUUAAUGUUUUUGUCAACCAUGAAAUCACAAGUGCCAAAGACGAUGAUGUUAACCAGUGCAUACGUUCAUUUACAUUCCUCAUACUGUGGAUUCAGCCUCAAGUGACCUGGUUUUAUGCUCUGAUCUGGUCUUGUAGCUCUUUUUUUAUGGCGCUUUAUUCUACUGUACUUAUCCAACAACAUCCUGGGAAAUCUUUUUGAAAACUUGGAAGUUAGCAUAAAAGGCAAGUAGCAGUGGGAAUUUGAAGAAAAUGAUUGAUAUUUGCCUCUCAAUCAAACUGCCAGGAAUCUACAUUGAAUAAAAUGCCAGCUUUCCUGUUUUGAACUACAUCACCCACAGAUUCAUGUGUGAACUUUAUAAUGAUGCUGUGUUUUAUUUAAUGUCAAAAGGUGGGAAUUCAGAAAGGGAAUUCAGAAAUAUCUUAAUCAUUUCACAGUUUCACAAAGGCCCCACGUCCUUUUUUUCACUGUUUUUCAACCUUGUCAAGGCUCAUCAAUCAGGGAAGGAGGAUUCGAAGACAGUUUUUCAGUACACUCACUACUUGUAAAACUUGAACACUGCUGCACGACAAGAGAAAUUAACUCUAUAAAUACAGUCAGAUUCUGGCUUCAUUAGUAGAUUUUUGGCCACUUGGAAGCCGUUUAACUAGACACAAACAACCGUGGCACCCCAUUGAAUCUGCACUGGAAAAGACCCGUAAUUGUAAAAGUUUUGAGAUGCCUAACAACUAAAUCUUUCUGGCCACAUUGGCCCCUUUUUGGACUUAUUACAAAUAAUUAAGGCCUUUUUUCAUAACUUUAAAUAAGAUAUUCAUCUAGACUUGGUAAAUAUGGCUAAAAAUACAUGUAUUGAUAUUUCAAACUUGAAAAUAGACAGUUAAACUCUAAAUUUGAGGGUUUUUUUAGGGUUUGCAUGUAAAUGAAGAAAAGAAGGGGCCUAAGGAUAGAGCACUGAGGAACUCCACUGAAUAAAUUAGUUCUAGACAAGGCUGCCCAUGGGGUGGGGGGCAAAGGGGAGACUUUUCUGGGGCCCAGCCAAACAGGGUGCCCAUGGAGGUCAGAAAAAUCAUAGAGAAAAAUAUAUCUAGACCUUGAAGAUCGAAUGGAGAAAAGAAGGGGACCCAGGAUAGAUUUUUGAGGGACUCUACUAAAUUAAUUGGCUCUAUUAUUGUGUUGAAUAAGAAAGCGAGCAGUUCACUAAUUUCACAGAGCAUCACUUUUUAGUCCUCUUUGUCUCCUUUUCCCAGAUGUAAGCCAAAUAUUCAAACAUUUCUUGUUCCAUCUUUGUUCUCCACCACCUCUAGGGAAAAUGUUCUUGCUCUCUUGCCCAUGGAUGUUCCUAUUUUUGUCCAGCUAAUUGCCAUCUCUGCCUGUACAAUGUUUUAGAUGCAUGUUAAGUGUACUCCACAGUAGCCAUGAAUCUUUUUAUUUUAUUCACUCUGCAAUCAAUUUCCAGUAGUUUUUUCAACAUCUUGACUUAAUUUAUCUCGUAUCCACAUAGUCACAAAAGCACAAAACAAACGCAGAAAUAGAUACAACUUUUCUCUUUAGUUUAGGCAACGGCAGCAGGGCAUGUUGUAGCCUGGUCGCUAGAACAUGAUCCAGUGACCAUGAGAAAACCAGCUUUGUUAGACAGAAAAAUAAGUCUAUAUCUCUGGGAAACAACAGGAACUGAAUCACUUAUAUGUAAUAUAUUGUAUGGAUGCACAUCUGCUUAGGGCUUCUAUCAUACCUUUGAUUUUCAAAGCUUUUUUAGUGAAAAUAGUAGUGCAGAACAUAUUUUAACAACACUGAGAAUAACCAAAGCAGUAAAUGUUGCAUGAUACAAAAUUAGAAGCUGCUAUAAAUAACUCAAUAGUAUGUCAAUUUGUUUGCAGCCUCUCUGCUUUUCUCAUGUGGCCAAAAAAGUCAGAUAUUUGUUGCAGCAGUUCCCCAAUAAUACAUGGUAUUGAAAAUGCAUGCCAAUUCAAAGAGUCAGGAAUAGUAGCAUCAACCUGAUGUUGGGAAUUUGCAUUCUGUAAACCUGUGUUUGCUCUUGGAUUUCCGUUUUUCCGACAUUUCUUAAACACAGCAUCAUUAUUCGUCAGUGUCUUCCUCUUUGGUCUGUAAAAUGAUGUGCAUGAUGUUUUUCUGUGCAAUAUAUUUGACCUUGAGACGAUGGGUGCAGCAUGACAGCAGCUCUUUGCCAUUAGAAUCAUUUACAGAUAAAAGCAUGAAUCCUGCAAGCUGAGCGGUUGCCUUUAAAAGCCAUGAACGUUAUCAAAGCUAAACUCUGUGCCUGUCUCUAAGCUGUGUGUCUGCAAGAUACACUUCUUUACGGUUAAUGUUUAUGGAUGAUGGGACCUUAAAUGUGCUCUUUUUUUAUUCUUCUCUACCUCUCUGUGUUUCUACCUCCAGCUCCAGUCCACGUUUUUAAUCUUUGAGAUGAAUUUAGGGCAUGAAAAAUCUGGAAAAUUUGCAGCGAUGCCAAAAACGAACCAUGUAAAGUUGUAUUAGAAAUUAUAUAAAACACUCUGGUGUCUAAUACAAGUCCGUUUAUUAGAAAGCAAGACGGACAACAAAAAGAUGAAUUCAGCCCUUUGAGGAGGACGUUACUAAGCUGAUAAAGUGGAUUUUGGAUGUUACUGGUUGAGGGAACUUUUUGUGCGUCAAAUGUUUGAACCAAAAAUGUGAAAAUGGAUGUUUUUGAUAGUUUGAUAGCUGCAGAAAGAAGAGGAUUAUAAAAACACAUUAAAUAUGCAUUUGACCUGAUGUUAAUGGGCCUUAAAAGUAAAAAAAAGAAUCUGCUUCAUUUUCCUCCAUCCUGGGCUGCAGAGGUUAAGAAACACUGCCCUUUUCUUUUUUCUGUCUGGCUUGAAUCACUGUGUCUCUGUAUGAAAAUGCACUAUUUGCACAGACUGUUGUUUCCUCAUGGUUACUUCUUAUUGAUCUUCAGUAUGAUGUCAUGUGAAGCUUAAUUGUGAAAUGAUGGAAUGAAUAAAUGAUG